GUGCGCUCGACGCCACUUCCGCCAAGUUUCUGGGCGGUGCCAAGAUGGACGCCUUACGAGCUCGGGAGCAGCUCCGGCGGCGAUACCUCUUUCCCCCGGACGCGGAGGUUCCGCUGGAUCGCGACAACUACCCCAGGCCGGAAACCUCUUCAGCUGUUGAGAAAAAGGAGAAACCUCUUCCAAGACUCAAUAUCCAUUCUGGAUUCUGGAUUUUGGCAUGCAUUGUUGUGACCUAUUAUGUUGAUUUCUUUAAAACCGUUAAAGAAAACUUUCACACCAGUAGCUGGUUCCUCUUUGGCGGUGCCUUGUUACUUGUUAGCUUAUCAAUUGCAUUCUACUGCAUAUUCUAUCUGGAGUGGUAUCGAGGAAUCGAAGAUUAUGAUAUCAAAUACCCAACGUUGAUACCUGUGACAACUGCUACUUUUAUUGUAGCAGGAAUUUGCUUCAAUGCUGCCCUCUGGCACGUGUGGUCGUUUUUCACCCCACUGCUGCUCUUUACCCAGUUUAUGGGGGUUGUGAUGCUGAUCUCACUCCUCGGGUGAUCGCUGAAGGACUAAGGGCAUAUCAGUUUAAAGUGAAUGGCUACUGUCCUGCGAGCUGAAAGCACCACACAGAAUGGAAACCCUACAGUGUGUUUUUGCGUCUAUGAAAUGAGUGGGUUCCUUGGAAAAAAAUGGAACUUUUAUAGCUCGGUGGUUGAAAUCAGAAUAAAUUAUAUUUCAUUUGCCUGUUGCUGAACUCAAGUGAUUAUUGAAAUUUUCAGAUUCAAAAUAGAAGACAGAAAUAACUAAUUUACAGUGUUAAUGUUUGGAUCAUUGGAGAAGCUAUUGGUGUAAGAAUGUAAAGAAAUUUUCAUUAUGGUUGCAUAGUGUCUGCCCAGUAUUGUAGAGAAGUUGUUCACUCUGUCAUUUACGAGAUAGCAGUUCCUUGUGUAAGAUGACCAGGCGUGUAUAUAGAGGGGUGAUGGUGUCAUGUGCCUUUAACCAAGCCUCAGCAAUGACGAUAUAAUUUCAUUUUUACAGUCGUUUUAUUAGGAGGACCAAUUGAAAGGAUUUUGUGUUUUCCCAUCACUUGAGAUUUUAUCACUGUGUGCAUUAUUGGGUUUUUAGCAUUUGUCUAACAUAUGAACUUUUAAUCAUUGUAAGUAUGUGUAAUUUUUUCUUAAUAUUUAAAUAAAGUAUUUUUUAUAACUUU